UCCAGAUCCAUUCUGAAAUCUUCUAACUAUGAGCGCUUCAGUCACCGCCCAGCAUAUUCCUUCCAGUUCUACUCAGGCAACAGCUGGCACCACCUACUCUCCUCAGCCGACAACAGGAUCUGCCUACUACUAUAAUCAGCCUACGACUGCCUCCGCUGUUGCUCCUCCAUCCGGUCCUAUGAUUGACGAGAAGAUUGUGGGGAAACAGAAGGAGAAAGCUCUCCGGGAGUUGGAGUCUCGUGUCAAGCUCGCUCUUCAACAACAUGACCAGAUGUAUCAGCUCCAGAAGUCCCACAUCAACGCUGAUCAUGACAGGCAGAUGGAGUAUACGAAGGCAACUAUCGAGAAGGAGCGACAAGCUGCUCUCUUCGAUCUCGAGGGUCAGUAUCAGACCAAUAACAGAGGUUUGGAACAGGCCGCCAUUCAGCAGCGUAUGCAGAUCGAAACCACCGCCAUGCAGCUCGAUAUCCAGGCUCAUCAACAGAAGAUGGUUCAAGAGCAUCAGGAGCGUGAGCGCAAGUGGACUGGUCACGUUGCUGGUAUGCCUCCUGCUGGUUAUCCUACCGCCCCGACUAGCUUUAAUCCUUCUUACACAGUUCAGCAACCGGGUAACGUGGUCUACAGCAGCACGGUCCAGCAACAUAGAAUCAGUGUCUCACCUGCUGCCGAGUGAACGAGCAUGAUAUGACGGUGUUAUUGUACGGUCGAGGAAGUCUUUGCUUGUUUGUAUAACUUGUCAAAGCUAGACCCAUGCAUAACUCUCAAUUCCA